GUUCGCGUGGUCUCCACCUCUCGGUCCUUGUGAGCAGCACAGAUAAAUGGAAGAGCUGGAGAGCAGUUUACUCCAGACACGGAAAGCACACCGAAUCGAACAGAUGGUGGCCAGAUGGCUUCGGCGCUCCCGGGACAGCUCCGCCCGGGCUAAAGUCGCUGCAGCGGAUGUGUCCUCCGGGAACCCAACCCAGACCCUCCCCGCCGUGAGGCACACCGUAAAGGUAGACAAAGACAUGGUCCUCCAGGACUACGGAUUCCACGUCUCCGAGAGCCUUCCUCUCACGGUGGUGGCCGUCACGGCAGGAGGCUCUGCUCACGGUAAGCUGUUCCCCGGGGACCAGAUUCUCCAAAUGAACAACGAGCCCGCUGAAGACCUCUCUUGUGAACGAGCAAUUGCUAUUCUGAGGGAAGCUGAAGAUUCUGUUUUGAUCACAGUUGUUCGCUGCACAUCGGGACUUCCCAAGUCGUCCUUUCUGACGGAGGAAAAGAGAGCCAGGCUGAAGACGAACCCUGUGAAGGUGCACUUUGCCGAGGAAGUCCUCAGCGUCAGCGGCCACAGCCAGGGCAAUUCUCUGCUGUGCAUGCCCAACGUACUCAAGCUGUACUUGGAGAAUGGACAGACCAAAGCGUUCAAGUUUGAGGCAAACACAACUGUCAAGGACAUCCUCCUCACGGUGAAGGAGAAGCUGUCCAUCCGAAGCAUCGAUUACUUUGCUCUGGUGCUGGAGGAGCAGUACAGCAUCUCCCGGCUGCACCUGCUGCAUGAGGAGGAGCUCGUCCAGCAGGUGGUGGAAAGGGAAGAGUCACAUGACUGCCGCUGCCUCUUCAGGGUAUGUUUCGUUCCCAAGGACCCUCUGGACCUCCUGAAGGAAGACCCUGUGGCCUUUGAAUACCUCUACCUGCAGAGCUGCAGCGAUGUGCUCCAGGAGCGCUUCGCCAUGGAGAUGAAAUGCAGCUCCGCGCUCCGACUGGCGGCCCUGCACAUCCAGGAGCGGAUCUAUGCGUGUGCCCAGCCCCAGAAGAUCUCUUUGAAGUACAUCGAGAAAGACUGGGGCAUAGAGAACUUCAUAUCGCCAACUUUACUCCGAAACAUGAACGGGAAAGACAUCAAGAAAGCCAUCAGCUUCCACAUGAAGAGGAACCAGCAUUUGCUAGAACCCCGACAGAAGCAACUUAUUUCUGCUGCCCAGCUACGCUUAAAUUACCUACAAAUCCUUGGAGAGCUCAAGACGUACGGUGGGAAGGUCUUUAAUGCGACUCUAAUGUUACAGGACAGAGAAUCCUACAUUGCCCUACUAGUUGGAGCCAAGUAUGGGAUUAGCCAAAUUAUCAAUAGUAAGCUCAAUAUCAUGUCCACGUUGGCCGAGUUUUCGAACAUCAGCCGCAUAGAACUCACGGAGGAGUCUGAGAAAGUGAGCAUGGUCAAGGUGUACCUUCAGGACAUCAAGGUUCUGACGUUGUUGCUGGAAUCUAACAGUGCAAAAGACCUCGCCUGCCUGAUAGCUGGGUACUACAGGCUGUUUGUGGACUCAGGGGCCUCCGUUUUCCUGUGGCCUGGAACCCGGCAGCAAGGGCACCGCGUGUCUGCUGAAGAAGGCUACGAGUCCAGGGCCUGCAGUGACUCAGAGGAGUCCUCUGAAAUGGACUGUGUCCUGGAGCCUCUGUCGGACAGGCGCCCGGGAAAGCCGGCCUCCUGCAGGUCUGUCGUGAACGAGGAGGAGCCUCCUGGGGACUGUGCCACACCUGAGGUGGCCAGGAGCGGCCCCAGCACGUGUGCGGCCAGCAGCGUGACGGACAGUGUGGAGUCAGAGGCAUCCGACUCAGCCAACACCGAGAGCCGGGGCUGCAGGAGCUCGAGCGAGUCCAUGGACGCUCUGGAGGAGGACGACCUGGACGCCUGUUCCUCCAGUAGGUCCGGCUUCUUCCACUUCAGCUCCUCCGACUUCCCAGAGAGGCUAGAUCCCGACAGCCCAGAGGAAAGAAACAGGAUCGAAACCAGCGGCUUCCUGUGUCUCCUGGACCUGGCCCAGACAGCCAGUCCUCAGGCCCCCAAGGCCGACUUUGCCCGCAGCCCUGUGCCUGAGCUCUUCUGCUGGGGCCCCGAGCUGGGUGCUGUCAGUGUCAGGCUGGACCCCCGGCUGUACGAGGGCAGCCGGACCGACUACUACAGCCUCUGCUCCAGCGUCUCCCCGGCCAGCCUCCGGAGCGACAGCUCCGAGAGCUCGGCGUCCCGCCACGGGGGUCCCCCGCCAAGCUGGGGACAGCCAGGCUGGACUGAGACCCAGCCUGGCUCCACGCUGGACACCCUGGGCCCACACCCGGCCCUGGCCUAUGCGGACGGCAGCUCUGAUGAGGAAUACUAUGACGCUGCCGACAAACUCACGCCCCCUGACAUCCUCGCAGGGCCCAGAGCUAUUUCUGCUGUGGAAAUGAGCACUGGCAACCCUAAAGGCAGCCCGGACCUCCGGCCAGACAGCCCAGAGCAGAGCAGGAGGGGAGGGACAAAGAAGUAUGCCAAGACGCUGCGGAAGAGAAGGUCCUUCCUACAGACCGACUACACCUCCCAGGUCUCCUUCCCAAUGGUGCCUGCCAUCUCCCUGGAGAGCGUGGGUGACGUCUGCUACUAUGACCGGGAGCCCUACCUGACUCUCAGUAUCCCCUCCCCAACUGUGUCCUCCCUGCAGGACAUGCAGGGUGAGCCAGGCCUCCUGGAGACCAAGGCCCUGGGGCUGCUGGCCCCGCUGAGGGAGGCCACGAGCCAGAGCCCUGCCUCCGGGGUCAUGGAGAUGGAGCCCGAGACCAUGGAAACGAAGUCGGUCGUGGACUCUCGGGUGACCUCCAUCUCUGCCAUUCGCCUCCGGAUCGACCCCACCCGGAGAGAAAAUGCUGGGCUUGCCCCUCCCACUGCUCCUGUCGCUAAUUCCCCAGCGGGUGUCCCUCCGGGUCCCAACCCAGGUUCAUCUGACCCGGGUACUGCCCAGGUGGGGUCUUCUCAAACCUUCUCUUCAUUCCCAGGCUGGAACGACCGUGCCCCCAAAGACGUGCUCAUGGAACUUGGGGACAGCACUGGCCCCUCCAGUGGGGAUCCCCCGCCAGACAGGGAUGCCCAGUUCCUCAGCUCAGGGCCACCUGCUGCCGCUCUGGGGGACACCCUGGAGCUGGGGGUAGCCCAGGCGGACACAGGGUUGGGAUCUUUGUUUACAAACCACAUGCAGGAGGCCACCCCUGAACACCCAGAGGCUGCGCUGUGUCCUGGAGACCAGCUGCAAAGUGGGGAGUGUGGUCUGGACUCGGGAGAGGGGGAGCAGCGGCGAGGGCAACCAUCUGGGCAGAGGGACCGAAAGGCUACCAACAACAGUGGCACCCGUGUAUGCCCGGAGGAUUCUGGGAAGGAGUCUGGUGGCCCUGGUGCGUUUGAUGCUGUCCUGCAGGUUCUCAGGGUUACAGCCCCCGCUGGCGACCCAGGAGGCUUCCUCUCCUUGGAGGCUCUGGUCACAGAGACUGAACAAAGCCCAGCACGCCCCGCCCGAGAGCCUCCAGGACAAAGCAGAGAAAUGUCAGGUCAAACCUGUCAGACCCAAGAACAAAAAUUACGGGCAGAGUUGGCUUUAGAUGCUGAUCUCGUGCUUGAAGACCAGGCUGCUCCAUCAGCCUUCCCUCCAAAGGGGGUCAAGGCCGAGCUGCUCGACCAGGCUCUAGGAGAGGCUACCACCCCUGCAGACACUCCUCUGCUGCAGGGGGCUGUGAAUCCAGAGCCUUCCCUACCAGAUCCAUUGCCAGGCCCCCCAGAGAAGCCCUGUCCAGAGGGCUCCCACCACUGCUCACUGUUGGAGAACAAAGGCCAAAGCCCGAGCAUCUGCCUUCCGGCCGAGAGGGCGUUCCUCUGCUUUGUGCCGGGAAGCCACCCCGAGGUCCCGGUCAGUCCUGGGGUGGCCGUGUCUCUGGGCUUUGCAGGCAUGGACGAGGCCGUGGUUCCCAGGAUUGGGAUGGAACAGUGCAGCUGCCAGCUCUCCUAUACCACGUGUUUCAGUGGCCUGCAGCCCGAGAGGGAAGAUGAGGACAGGGACACGGAAGCUCGCCCCUCGGCACCCCUCACCUCCCCGCCCUCUGCGGGAAACCAGCUGACCCUACCUUGGAGGCCCACCCGGGCCCACAGCUGCAGCACCGAACCCCGGUGGAGGAAGAGCCACCUGUGGCCCGAGUACUGCUCCAGGGCCCUGAGGCAGCUGAAAGCUGCCCCCCGGAGCACCCCUGAGGGCUUCCUCCAACUCACGGAGAGCCUGCUGGAGCUGCAGGACAUUCUAGAAGCUUCCUGGGGGGAUGGGAACAAGCACCCCCCAGAGAAGUGCACCUGGCACUUUUCCGAAAGCCGGAGCCGCCUCUGCAUGGGCUCCCAGAAGCUGCUGUCCAGCUGCCAGAGCGUGAUCAGACUGGACCAGUCCCCCGAGGAGAUGCAGGGCGCCUUGCGUGCCACCUUCCAGCACCUGGUGCAGCUGGCCGGCCUGUGCUUCCAGCUCACGGACUGCAGCCGCUGCUCCGUGCGGCACAGGGAGGCAGCUGGCAACCUGAGGGACGUGGUCGACACCUACUGCCAGUUUGUGGAGGCCGCGAAGCUGACCUGUGAGAGGGGCUACCAGGACCUGAGUGUAAAACUCUUGGCCCGUCAGUGCACGGCCCUAACAGCGUCCGUGUUCUGUUUAACCCACAAAUUCCGGGCAUCCACUGCCCUCUGAGCAGGCCAACUGCCUGGGGCCUCCCACCCCCAACCCUGGACUCUCCCCGAGAAGCCCCCUCCGCCCCCUCCUCCCCACUUCAAGUGUUUAC